AUGGCGAUGAAGAUGCGACCCGGAGCAGGGGCGGAAGCAAGAGCAGAAGGAGCAGCAGGAGCAGGAGCAGCAGGAGCAGGAGCAGAAGGAGAAGGAGCAGGAGCAGGAGAAGGAAUAGUAGCAGGAGCAAGAGAGGACGCAGAAGCAGGGCGGGAGCAGGAGCAAGAGGGAGUGGGAGGAGCAGGAGCGGAAGCAGGAUUAGGAGCAAGAACUUUUAGGAGAGAAACGCUGAUGGAAAGCGAUCGGAUGUUCAAACGAGAGGAUUGGAUGACAGAUGACGAUAGAGGGGAGCAAUUCCUUGCUGAAGGGAAGAGGGAGGAGGGGGGCGGGAUUGCGAGGAAAGCAACAUCGCUCAUGAUGCAUAUCAGCGCUGGCAUGCUUGAUGAAGACCAGCGAGCGGCUCUGCAUUCCGCUGCUCCGUUCGACGGCCUAGACAGAGGGAUCCGAGCGAGCUUGAACAAGUUUGAGGAGGAACAGGAAGAGUGGGCGGUGGAGCAGGAGCAGGAGCAGGAGCAGGAGCAGGAGCAGGAGCAGGAGCAGGAGCAGGAGCAGGAGCAGGAGCAGGAGCAGCAGAGCAGGAGAGCAGGAAGAGGGGUUGGCGGAGCUGGGGAGGUGUUUGAGGAGGAAGAGGAGAGAGCUUGGGGGCAGGGGCGGAAGAGAGCAGAAGGAGACGAUCUGCAGCUGGUGUUCUUGGAAGGAGCAACGGGAGUUGGCAAGUCGACGUUGACGGGAAAGUUGGAGAAGAUGGGCUACCAGCUGCUCUUGUUGGUUGGUCCCAUGAUUCAU